AGAUUUAGUUUUGAGAAGUUUCUAAAUAAAUAAAUAAAAAUUGUUCUUUUUUUUUUGAACACCAAAAAUUGUUCUUUAAUCUUUCAAGUUCAUAGUUUUGAUUUGACUCGAGUGGUGCAAUAUGCAUAUUUCUAUCAAGACGGUAGAAGGAAAGACCAUAAACCUAGAGGUUGACGAUAGCUCCGAUACCAUCGAUCUAAGGAUUCAUGGACCCACCCGUGAAUUGGUUCUUCGUUUAAGUCCUGAUCCGGCUCCGAAAGCAGUCAUGCGGAUUUUUGUACAGACUCUAGGGGGAAAAUUAUUCAUCCUCGAGGUGGAGGAGACCGAGACCAUUGAAAACGUCAUGGCCAAGAUCCAUGAAAAGGGAGGACCACCAGUGGACCAGCAGAGGCUAAUCUUCCAAGGCAAGCAGCUCGACAAAGGUCGCACCAUGGCUGACUACAGAAUCAAGACGGAGUCAACCCUUUGCGUGAUGUCACGUCUUUGCGGCAAUAUGCAUAUUUCUAUCAAGACGGUGGAAGGAAAGACCAUAAACCUAGAGGUUGAUGAUAGCUCCGACACCAUCGAUCUAAGGAUUCAUGGACCCACCCGUGAAUUGGUUCUUCGUUUAAGUCCUGAUCCGGGUCCGAAAGCAGUCAUACGGAUUUUUGUACAGACUCUAGGGGGAAAAGCAUUCAUCCUCGAGGUGGAGGAGACCGAGACCAUUGAAAACGUCAUGGCCAAGAUCCAUGAAAAGGGAGGACCACCAGUGGACCAGCAGAAGCUAAUCUUCAAAGGCAAGGAGCUCGUCAAAGGUCGCACCAUGGCUGACUACAGAAUCAAGACGGAGUCAACCCUUUGCGUGAUGUCACGUCUUUGCGGUUGCUAACUAGAAUAAUGUCUCUUGUUUUCAAAGUUUUUUUUUUUGAGGUUGAUUUUUGGUGAUUUAUCUAAAUCUUUCAUUAUUAUGUUUCUCUAAAUUGAGAUUUAUCUUUAAUUUUUGAUGAAUCGUUAUCCACUACUGAAAAAAA